CUGAAUAUCUGGCUGCAGUAACAUUCCAUCUGACCGAGAAAGAAAGAAAGAAAGAAAAAUCCUUUGUUACACGAUCGACCAUGGUGAGCACGGGUGUAGAAACGGCGGCGAAGAAGCAAGCGGCGUGCAUGGCUCCCAACCCAGGCAAGGCCACCAUCGUGGCCUUGGGCCACGCUUUCCCGCAGCAGCUGGUGAUGCAAGACUACGUGGUGGAGGGCUUCAUGAGGAACACCAACUGCAACGACCCCGAGCUCAAGGAGAAGCUCACUAGACUGUGCAAGACAACUACGGUGAAGACGAGGUACGUGGUGAUGUCGGACGAGAUCCUUGGUCGGUACCCGGAGCUGGCCCAGGAGGGCCUGCCGACGAUGAAGCAGCGCCUGGACAUCUCCAACAAGGCCGUGACGCAGAUGGCGACGGAGGCGUCGCUGUCCUGCAUCCGGUCGUGGGGCGGGGCGCUGUCGUCGAUCACGCACCUCGUCUACGUGUCCUCCAGCGAGGCGCGGUUCCCUGGCGGGGACCUGCACCUGGCGCGCGCCCUGGGGCUGAGCCCGGACGUCCGCCGCGUCAUGCUGGCGUUCACGGGCUGCUCGGGCGGCGUCGCGGGGCUCCGUGUGGCCAAGGCACUCGCCGAGAGCUGCCCCGGCGCGCGCGUGCUCCUGGCCACCUCCGAGACCACCGUGGCCGGGUUCCGCCCGCCCAGCCCCGACCGGCCCUACGACCUCGUCGGGGUCGCGCUCUUCGGGGACGGCGCGGGAGCCGCCAUCGUCUGCACGGACCCGACUCCUUUGGAGCGUCCGCUCUUUGAGCUUCACUCCGCGCUGCAGCGGUUCCUCCCGGGCACCGAGAAGACGAUCGACGGGCGGCUGACGGAAGAAGGGAUCAAGUUCCAGCUGGGCCGCGAGCUCCCCCACAUCAUCGAGGCACACGUGGAGGAUUUCUGCCAGAAGCUCAUCAAGGAGCGAGAUCAGGGUGGUGACGGCCACACGCACGCGCAGCUGACGUACGAUGACAUGUUCUGGGCGGUGCAUCCCGGGGGACCGGCAAUCCUGACCAAGAUGGAGGGGCGGCUGGGGCUUGAUGGCGCCAAGCUCACCGCUAGCCGGAGCGCGCUCCGGGACUUUGGGAACGCCAGCAGCAACACCAUCGUCUACGUGCUGGAGAACAUGGUGGAGGAGAGCAGGCGGAGGAGGGAGCUCCAGCAGGCGGCGGGAGCGGAAGGGGGUCAGGAGUGCGAGUGGGGCCUCAUACUGGCGUUCGGGCCGGGCAUCACGUUCGAGGGGAUCUUAGCCAGGAACCUGCAGGCUACCUAGGAGGCUAGGACGUCCUUUCAUUCUCCCUCGUGCACCGCCCACAUAUAUGGGUGUGACAGGAUGCGUCCAUUUGUCUUAUCUUUAUCGAUCGCCUGUUAGUGAAAUAAAUCCAUCUAUAAAGCGCACAUAUUUCUGUCCUUUUUUUU